UUGGCAUGGUGUUGCGCAUUCCUACUCCUCUACCGCCAACCCUGACUCAGACUUGAGUUUCGUUGGGUUUGACCGUGGCCACAUCAGCGCGCGGCCUACUCCUUUUUUCUGCGUUCGACAACCCAUCAGAAUCCAUAUCUCGCAAUUCGAUACGUGCGCCAAUCCUUGGUUCUGUCCUUUUGCCUUGGUACUAGUGACUACAUUCCUGCUAGUCUAGUUCUAGGACUGUACCUAAGGUGGACUUGGUCCAUUCAACAACGGGCAGUAGCCAGGCUAAAAAGGGUGGUCGCAUCCGCCGGCUCAGCCGAUUCCCGGUUGUACACUACGUACACCAUACUUUCUGCCUGCAGCCACAGGGAAGGAAUUAAGGGAAUUAAGCAACGAACUCUACGUUCAUUCGCCGCUACGUCAGCAUCGCCUUCCCAUUUGGCGUCGCACUUCUAACAAUAGUUCCUUCUACCCCUUUACAACUUUAGAACAGCGUUGUAAGCGUACUUUAGGUACUUUGGGUACGUCGGAAUUAUUAGUCUAGGCCUGAUCUGUCAGCGCUCCGACCACAUUCAUACAUCAUCAAGCCUCCCCCCAACGCCUCUUCGGCCUGGACCUAGACUUUCAUAUAUUGUUUUCUUCUUGUCGGGUAUGCUCAUGUUCCGCUUUUGGAGUUCAGAUUCCAGGGGAAGUGAUAAGACUCUACAAGUUGAACAACCUAUGCUUGAUUUCGGAAAACCUAUUCAACCGUGGGUGUCGUCGGAGUCUUCAGUUAUUACUACUACUACAAUUUCUUCGCCAACGACUCCGAAGCGGCGCAAGCAGAGCAACGUCGCGAUAGCGUCGCAGCCAGCUCCAGCUUCGUCCGCUCGAAAGCGGGCGAGGACAGAUGAUGAUGGUGAUGAAGGCGAUCGCGCUCAAGCGCUUAAGAAGGUAGCCUUAUCGGUAGAGAAGGGUGAAAGGGAUGUACCGCAAGCGGUGUCGCGUGAACCCGACAUGGAUCGUGCUAGAGAUAUUAUCGAGGAACAGUUCAGCCUUGAGAUACUACUCAAGCACGACGAGUUACGGUUGAUUAAUCAAGAACUUGCCAAAUGCCAGGUGGCUUUGGAGCAACUACGCAGGUGCCAUCUAAUACCGUAUCCACAGAACGUUCCCACGCCGGAACAAAUGGUGAAUAUCAUGAAUGGAUCAGGCGCAGCCUUACAACCGAAGUUAGGCGAACAGCUGCCUCAGUGGGCACCACCUUUUGGCGUUACUGAUGGCCCAUAUGCGCGGCAUUAUGCCAAGUGGCUCAUACCCGACCCCAAGUUCGACGGUAUCCAGCCCGUGACUCCCGCCCACACCGAGGCUUCGCGGUUCAGGACAUCGGUGGAUGGUAGAUCGACAAGGAAUAGUUUCACUGAGUCAAGCGCAUCUCAAGGUAGAGGACGACCCGUGAGGGGAUCUGCGGGUCAAAAGCUCCAGGCCCUAUCUAGUGGUUAUCCGCCCCCCAAAGACAAGAACAGUCCUUGCAUCUUGAAGCGAUCCGACGGAAAGACCGUGAAGCUUGUUUGCAUAGAUUGCCAUCGCGAGAAUUUCUCAAGUACACAAGGUUUUAUCAACCACUGUCGCAUAGCGCAUAAGAGGGAUUUCAAGAGCCACGAGGAAGCUGCGGUACACUGUGGUCACCCCAUCGAGGUUGCUGACUCUGGCAGCAGCAUCGUAGGAGAAGAAAAGCCGGCCAUUCAAAGCGCUCCCCCGUCCGGCCUUGUUCAUCCCUUUGUCCGAGAGAAUGCCAUGUCCGAAUCCGAGGCUUGCUUCUCUGUUGUACGUCGUAUCCAGGAGUCGAUGGAGAUGUAUCGUCGGGGACAGUUGCCUGGCGUUUCCUCGAUCCCAGGUACUACUGAGAGCUCUCAGAGAGCUCCAGUUACCGCUGCACAACAGCCGAACUUCGCUCCUUCAGCUGAUUCCCCACACCUUUCCCGCCUACUUCAAAGCAGGGGUUUCAAUGGCAACCUAAGCAAUCUCGUCAGCGAAUCCAAGACUAAGAUAGACUUAGACCAAUUCUUUUCCCCCGAGGAUGAGUCGUCAGAUGAAGUUGAUAUAGGUGGUAAUGGCAACGUUCGUGGAACCGGGAACGUGGCCCCGUCUCUUGUGCGAGUUCCCGCGAGGGCAACGAUGUCGCCCGCUCUUGCCAUCACUCGACCAGCAAGUAGCAAAGGCCACCCGCUUGUGCCAUAUGCUACACCCGUACCGACUCCUGCCCCACGAGUCACAUCAGGCCCCGAACCGGAGAUGAUCGUAGAUGACGACAUGUUGGAUGUGGAUCUGAGUCCUCAUACUGCUGUUAGCAACAAUGCGCCAUCGCUUGUUAGUGACGAUGGCGAAUAUGAUGACUCAGAAGCCGAUUCCGAGGUCGAGUCCGAUGUGAACGAUAGUAUUGGAGCACAGUCAAUCUCGGAUGUUGACGAGAUCGAUAUUGACGAUGAUCACAGCGGUACACGCUCUAUUAGACAUCACCGUGGUUCUACUGGCGCCGGGCCAGGGACGACAGUACGAUUACGUAAGGAUGAUUCCAAACACGUAACAUUUGUUAGCCCUAUCAAGGGUAACGGGAACGACCACCAGCGACGAGGAGGUCGAAGAUAGGGGCACGGAACUAAUAACUAAGUGCUUGAUGCAAUCUAUUCACAUGGGGCAGGCGGUUGGCCACCGCGAUAGUGAGGAGAGUGCCUUUUUUUUCUUAUCGUUGGACUACCGAGUUCUUUGGCGAUUACCAUUACCCUACACCUUUUAUUACGCCAUUGCCUUUAUUCAGAUUUUUACGUUCCGAGAUGUGCCCCGAGGAUGG